CCGGGACUGAGGCGGAGCGGAGGACGCCGGCCGGGACGCGGUGCAGCCGCCACCUAUUCUGCGCGCGCGCUCGGGGUCGGCGUGGGUGUCGGGAAGGCCAGUUGUAGAAUAUAGAGUUUAAUGAAAAAUCCAUGCCUACGGGGUGAAAAUGGCAGGCUUCCUUGAUAAUUUCCGCUGGCCAGAAUGCGAAUGUAUUGACUGGAGUGAGAGGAGAAACGCCGUGGCUUCUGUGGUGGCGGGAAUAUUGUUUUUUACAGGUUGGUGGAUAAUGAUUGACGCGGCUGUGGUGUACCCUAAGCCAGAGCAGCUGAACCAUGCCUUUCACACGUGUGGCGUGUUCUCCACAUUGGCUUUCUUCAUGAUAAAUGCUGUGUCCAACGCUCAGGUGCGGGGGGACAGCUAUGAAAGCGGCUGCUUGGGAAGAACAGGUGCUCGAGUAUGGCUCUUCAUUGGUUUCAUGUUGAUGUUUGGGUCGCUUAUUGCUUCCAUGUGGAUUCUCUUUGGUGCAUAUGUCACCCAAAAUACCGAUGUUUAUCCAGGACUAGCUGUGUUUUUUCAAAAUGCACUUAUAUUUUUUAGCACUCUGAUCUACAAAUUUGGAAGAACUGAAGAGCUGUGGACCUGAGAACACUUCUUAGAUCACAUUUCCUUCUGUUUUCUUAUACUUGUAGAUAAGUUUUUCUCUCUCAACAUAAUUUACACAUUGCCAAAUGAGAUAGCUUGUACAUUAAAUGUUUUGUUUCUUUACACUUUUAUGCUCUGA